AUGGAGUUGAGCCUCGACGGGCUCGGCAACCUCCACCAGGCCGGGGAGCUCUUGAGCCCCGCCGGGGCGCACGCCAGGCAGCCUCCCCCGCCUCCCCCUCCGCCUCCUCCCCCUCCCCCCCCGUCGGCUCACCGCAACUUGGUCUCCUCUCACGGCCGCCCGGCCAUGGUCUCCAGCAUGGCUUCCAUCCUGGACGGGGCGGGCGACUACCGUCCCGAGCACAGCCUAGGCGCCCCGCUCCACCCGGCCAUGAGCAUGGCCUGCGAGUCGCCCUCUGGGGUCAGCACCUACACCACCCUCACCCCCCUGCAGCACCUGCCGCCCAUCUCCACCGUCUCGGAGAAGUUCCACCACCACCCGCACCACCACCACCACCAUCACCACCACCACCACCCGCACCAGCGGCUGUCCGGGAACGUCGGCGGCGGCUUCGCCCUCAUGCGCGAAGAGCGGAGCCUGGCCGCCUCCAUGGGCAACCUCUACGGCCACUAUUCCAAGGACAUGCCCUCCAUGGGGCAGCCCCUCUCGCCUCUCCCGAACGGCUUGAGCCUCCACAACGGGCAGCAGUCCCUGGCCCCCUACGGGCCCGGGGCCCACCUGGCCGGCGACAAACUCCUCUCCCCCAACGGCUUCGACCCGCACAUGCUCUCCAGGAGCGAGGAGCACCUGGCCCGGGGCUUGGGGGCUCCGGGCUCCGGGAUGAUGCCCACCCUCAACGGCAUGCACCCCCACGGCGGGCACCCGCACGGCGGCCAAGGAAACGGCGCCCUCCUGGGCGAGCGGGAGCGGCAAGCCUCCUCGGCCCCGGGCUCCCAAGCCGGCGGCUCCGGGCAAGUGGAGGAGAUCAACACCAAGGAGGUGGCCCAGCGGAUCACGGCCGAGCUGAAGCGCUACAGCAUCCCGCAGGCCAUCUUCGCCCAGCGGAUCUUGUGCCGCUCGCAGGGGACCCUCUCCGACCUGCUGAGGAACCCCAAGCCGUGGAGUAAGCUCAAGUCCGGGCGGGAGACCUUCCGGAGGAUGUGGAAAUGGCUUCAGGAGCCCGAGUUCCAGCGGAUGUCUGCCUUGAGGCUGGCGGCCUGCAAGCGUAAGGAACAGGAACAGCAGAAGGACCGGAAUCUCCAGCCGAAGAAACAGCGCCUCGUCUUCACUGACCUCCAGCGCCGCACUCUGAUUGCCAUCUUCAAGGAGAACAAGCGCCCAUCCAAGGAGAUGCAAAUGACCAUCUCCCAACAGCUGGGCCUGGAGCUCAACACCGUCAGCAACUUCUUCAUGAACGCUCGCCGGAGGUGCAUGAACCGUUGGCAGGAAGAUCCCGGCACCAACCCUGGAGUCCCUUCUUCAUCAACAAGCACUUUUUCCAAAGCAUGA